AUGAACUCGGAAACACCAACUUCUUUUGACAUAAAAGUAUUACGCGCGGCUUUUGAGAAGGUGUGGAAAAGUCGAAAAACCCGAGCCGGAAAAGAUGCGCUACUACUGUCGGCUGAAUACCUGCGAUUGUUCACGGCCGAAGCAAUAAAUCGCGCCGCGAUCGUGUCAAAAGAAGGAACUCGAUCUAAUACUCCCCAAUUGAGAGUUUCUCAUUUGGAGGAGGUCGUGCCUCAGCUUAAACGGGACUUCUAA